GCCUGAAACAGUUCAACGUGACGUUGCGCUGUUUGGUCCUCGGCGCACAAACCGUGCAUUUUAGAAAGCACUUUGAAACGCAUGACAGAUCGAGCCAGUCAUGGAUAAAUUUGAGAAAGUGAAGAUGAUCAGGGAGGGCUCGUUUGGGAAGGCCAUCCUGGUGACAUUCAAAGAGGAUGGUCACCAGUAUGUCAUCAAGGAGAUCGGCAUCUCCAGGAUGUCUAAUAAAGAGAGACAGGUGUCAUGCAAAGAAGUGGCCGUGUUGGCUAACAUGAGUCAUCCCAACAUUGUCCAGUACAAGGAGUCAUUUGAAGAGAGCGGCUGCUUGUAUAUAGUGAUGGAUUACUGUGAAGGAGGCGACCUGUUUAAGAAGAUCAAUAAUCAGAAAGGACCUUUCCCUGAGGAACAGCAGGGUGAUGCGGGUACCUGCGUGGUCAAUUAGUGUCUGCCAAUCACCGUGAAGCGUGGUGACGACCUUGAGGGUGCAUGAGGCAUGAGGGUGCCCUACUGGUGAUUAAAAGGCGCACCUGUGCAGGAGGCGUAAGCUCUCUGGCACGCCACAUUAUUUCGUUGUUUGGUGGUUGACUUGCGUGUUUGUUUUGCCUUGUACCACCCUUGUGUUAAUUUCCGUUAGUUAAGUCUGUGUUCUCUUAUGAAUCUUGUUCUUUUCUCUUGUCCCCGUUCUUUUGUGAAUUAUUUUUG